GAUGUCACCCACUGCCACCACCGCUUUCCAUGGACUGGGAGAACUGGGAAGCAGCCUCGCGAAACACCUGGGAUGCGCAGGACACCGUCAGGGAAGGCUGAAGCCCCCGAGAUUCAGGGGGAGGCGAAGCUCGCGGGUCAGGCGCAGUACAAGGGGGUCUUCGGCACCAUCACCACCGUGGGGAGGACAGAGGGACUCCGCAGCCUCUACAGGGGGCUGGUGGCCGGGCUGCAGCAGCAGAUGACCUUCACCUCCCACCGCCUCGGGCUGUACGACUGGGAGAAGCAGCCCCACACCAAAGGGUCACAACGCGCCGGGCUGGGGAGCUGGCUGGUGGCUGGCUGCACCACGGGGGCCACGGUGGUGGCCUCCCCCCAGACAACAGACGUAGUGAAGGUGCGGUUCCAAACCGUCAGGGAGGGUGGUCGGUGUUACCAGGGCUCCGUAGAUGGCCACAGGACCAUCGCCAAGCAGGAGGGUGUCCAUGGGUUGUGCAGAGGUGGGUGCAGCCCCCAGGGAGCACGCCGGGAUGGCUCCGGCACUGUGGCCCUGAACGCUCUGGUCCACGCAGGACCGUCCCCCAACAGCACUCGCAGCGCCAUAGUGAACUGCGCUGAGCUACGAUCUCACCCAGGUGAGACCUACGAUCCCACCCAGGACACGCUGCUCCAAUCCCACCUCAGGCAGGGUGGGGGCCCCAGCUCUGCUGUGGAGGCACGGCCAGGGCUGCGGCCAAUUUCCAUCGCGAGCAUCCAC